UGAUCUAGGCUUCUUCCCCGGAGCCUGCCGGCUGCUCGCUGCUGCGGCUGCGCCUCCUGGUUCCCCUCACCGCUGCCGCCAUGCCUGGAGGGCUGCUUCUCGGGGAUGAAGCCCCCAACUUUGAGGCCAAUACCACCAUCGGCCGCAUCCGCUUCCACGAUUUCCUGGGAGACUCAUGGGGCAUUCUCUUUUCCCACCCACGGGAUUUCACCCCAGUGUGCACCACAGAGCUUGGCAGAGCCGCAAAGCUGGCGCCAGAGUUUGCCAAGAGGAAUGUUAAGUUGAUUGCUCUCUCCAUAGACAGUGUUGAGGACCAUCUUGCCUGGAGCAAGGACAUCAAUGCUUACAAUGGUGAUGAGCCCACAGAAAAGUUACCGUUUCCCAUCAUUGAUGACAAGAACAGGGACCUUGCCAUCCUCCUGGGCAUGUUGGAUCCAGCAGAGAAGGAUGAAAAGGGCAUGCCUGUGACAGCCCGUGUGGUGUUCGUUUUCGGCCCUGACAAGAAACUAAAGCUGUCUAUCCUCUACCCAGCCACCACUGGCAGGAACUUUGAUGAGAUUCUCAGAGUAAUUAAAUCUCUCCAGCUGACAGCAACAAAACGGGUUGCUACCCCUGUUGAUUGGAAGGAUGGCGAUAGUGUCAUGGUCCUUCCCACCAUCCCUGAAGAGGAAGCCAAACAACUUUUCCCUAAAGGAGUUUUCACCAAAGAUCUCCCAUCUGGCAAAAAGUACCUCCGUUAUACCCCACAGCCUUAAAUCUUUGUAGGAGCUGGGGCUGCAGCUGCUUGGGCACAGUGGACCUGAGGAUGCCAGCUGACGUCAUGUGUCCUUACACAGUUCCAUAGAAACAUCCUAGUAUGGUCACAGCCAAAGUCAUUAGGUCACUAUACCACUGGCUCAUUAAAUGAAAAUGGCAUCAAAACUUUCUUGGGAUUCUUUACUCUGUGCCUUCUUCUACAGCAUUAUGCCCCGGCAUUCAUCUCAGGGUUCUACUCACCGGCUUUCUCUGAAAUACACUCUGUAUUGGAGACUCAGAUCUUGUUAGGUCCCUGCAGGGUUUGUGAUCAGCAAGUUAAGAGUGUUGGGUGGUGGUAGAGGAAGCCCACUUGGCUCCAUGGUAGAAUGGUACUCACAUUUUGUAGCUUUCCUAAUUGAAUUUUCUGUUACCUAUUUUGGAGAAUAGUAAAAUGGGGUGGGGGACUUUCAAUUCUAUACUUUUGGUAGAUAAUAAACUUGGGAACAGCAUGGGGAAAGUUCUAACUAUUUUGCUAUAAGAAAUCUUGUGGUGAGUUUCUAUCAAAUGGAGACGCUUCCUUUGCCCUGUCAAAGAGGGAGGUGCACCCAAGGGUGUGAGCAAGAUGGUGCAUGUCCCUCCUGGUUUUUCCUGUCGAUCUGCUCUGAUGAUACGUGCAUGUGAACACACCAUGUAAAGGCAGGUGGUGACAAUGUUUUAUCACUAAACUGUCCUAGUAGUAAGUUGCCAUUUUCCAAAUUCUGCUUUUUGGGGUUCAACAAAUAAAAUCCUUCGUUGAAACUG